AUGGCCGCUGCACGACAAUAUUCUGCGGAAGAUGUGUUCUGCAUGCAGUGAGUGUUAACUCAGAGCAUCACAGUCACCAAACCGAAAUCUAAAUUCACCGAGAGGAUCGAUGGAGUCAAAGUUAGGGGUGUCCUGGCGCGCAGAACCUCGAGUUAGCAUCUCGGGUGAGAGUGGCCGGAGAGAGAGAGAGAGAGAUGUCGGCUGUUAUUGUGGGUUCAAGUGUUUUGUUGCCCAAGGGCCGGCAUGCCGAAAUGAGGCAUGAGCGGUUGUGACCGUCUGAGUGCGUGCGUGUACCGUCGGUCAGACUUCAGUGUCUGUCCGUCUGGAACCGCUGGCUGGGAAGGUGAGUUGCCUCAGCGCAGCAAAACAUGGGACAAAAAAGCCGGGCAUGUUAAAAUAAUGACUAUCGACUACAAAAGUACACUAAUGCAGACAAACUGUCCGCAAAUAUCCGGCAUGGGACCAUAUAAUCUGGGCCGUUAGGGAGGGCACGAUCAAGGCCAUGGCAAGCACUCGUAAGCAAAAAGCUGACGGUCUGAACGCUGGGGGUCCCACUGAAGAGCCGAACCCCUCGCAGCUGUGUCACGCAGCGGCAGAAUAUCGGCGAAACACGUGUCUGGGCUUUUAGCAAGUAUCUAGGUCGGGAGUACGGUAUAAUACCUUUACCAUAUGGAAUUCAUACUACUCGCAGUACUACUUGUUUGUAGAAUGGGCAACAAAGAUGGUAAACGGUCUAAAAAACCAAUCCUACACGGACAGACUGAAUUGCCUUAAUCUAUUCCCUCUGUGUUACAGGCAGCAAAGAGGUGAUCUAAUCCUGGUUUACAAGAUAAUAAAUGGCCUUGAGCAUGGACUUAACUUUGAGGACAUGUUUCAGUGGCACCUUUCACCCAAUCUUCGUGGCCACUCGAUGAAGCUACGGACAACAAUGUCCAGGCUGAACCUUCGUUCUGAAUUUUUCACGCAAAGAGUAGUGGAGAAAUGGAACGAUCUCCCUCAGUCAGUCGUGGAGGCGACAUCCCUGCAACUCUUCAAGAAACGCUUGGAUGAUUAUUUGUGUCCCCUGUUUUCCCUCGACAGUCUGAAUCUGAGCUAAACACCCCGGUUCCCCACAUAUUUUUUCUCUGUGACAAUGCUACUCAAAUGAAUCAAGUACUAUGUAUAUAGCGAACAUUUUCAUUGUUACUGUACAGUUAUUUCUAACGAGUUGACAUGUUAUCAAUAGGGUUUUCAAAGGCUUUGCCAAUCAUCCUUAUCAAAUAAACUGAAAAACUGAAACUGAAACGUGGUUAUUCCACAGUAGUUGAUUGUCUUCGACUCAAAUGUUCAUUGAAAUUUCGGUUCUGACCCUAAAAAGUCAUGUCCCGGAGAUUUAACUCCAAGUUCUGCACUGAUUAAUUUCUGAAAUUAUUCAGAAUAUAUAUAUAUAUAUAUAUAUAUAUAUAUAUAUAUAUAUACAUUGUUAGGGGGCGCUCACCGAUCGUUCAUAAGGAACUCACUCGUUCCGUUGUGCCUUACGGGCUCUCGCUCUCGAGCAGUUGAUAAAAUGACAACAUUUUAAACUAAAAAUCAGCUUUCGACGUUAAAUCCCAUUGAAAACACAAAACCCACACAGCUAGAAAACCGUCUUCAGUUAUGAAAUUCUUGUUUACAGCUGUCUGCAAUAUUAAGAAACAAUUUCAUCUUGACUUGGUUGCACAAUAUAGGAGAUUGUGUUUCUGGCUUACUUUCGUUCGAAAAACUCUUUAUCGAAAUAAAUUUAAAUGUGAGCAUAAUUAUCAGUAUAGCCUAUGAACUAUGGAUCAGGACACUUUUUCCCGAUGCAAGAUUAACUAAUUCGAAGAGAUAGGGAGGUGGACAGUGGGAGGCUGUUUUUGCAAAAUAAAUGUUAAGUAUGCAAUUUGGCUGAAAACAAAUACUUCAUGACUUCAGCUGUUAUUUCCAACAAGCGCNCCGAUCACAACCGACAGGACAACGGGCCCGUGGCUCAAUGGUAGAGCGUUCAACUCCAUGACCAAAGAUCCCGGGUUCGAAUCUCAAGUGAUCCACACUUGGGGUUGGGUAUGACUGGCUGAUGACGGCUAAUAAGCCAGAAAUGGCCAUUCCGGUCUCCCUUGUCUUUGUCGGUAUUACCUUUCCAACAUAUAUCACUAGUCGCUGUGCGACUGCCUGCGAGGGUUUAAGUAUGAGCCCCAAGGCACAACGGAACGAGCAUGUUCCGUAACCUGAUCGGUGAGCGCCCACUAUCAUAAUUAAUAUUCCCGAUCACAACCGACAGGACAACGGGCCCGUGGCUCAAUGGUAGAGCGUUCAACUCCAUGACCAAAGAUCCCGGGUUCGAAUCUCAAGUGAUCCACACUUGGGGUUGGGUAUGACUGGCUGAUGACGGCUAAUAAGCCAGAAAUGGCCAUUCCGGUCUCCCUUGUCUUUGUCGGUAUCACCUUCUCAACAUAUAUCACUAGUCGCUGUGCGACUGCCUGCGAGGGUUUAAGUAUGAGCCCCAAGGCACAACGGAACGAGCAUGUUCCGUAACCUGAUCGGUGAGCGCCCACUAUCAUAAUUAAUAUUCCCGAUCACAACCGACAGGACAACGGGCCCGUGGCUCAAUGGUAGAGCGUUCAACUCCAUGACCAAAGAUCCCGGGUUCGAAUCUCAAGUGAUCCACACUUGGGGUUGGGUAUGACUGGCUGAUGACGGCUAAUAAGCCAGAAAUGGCCAUUCCGGUCUCCCUUGUCUUUGUCGGUAUCACCUUCUCAACAUAUAUCACUAGUCGCUGUGCGACUGCCUGCGAGGGUUUAAGUAUGAGCCCCAAGGCACAACGGAACGAGCAUGUUCCGUAACCUGAUCGGUGAGCGCCCACUAUCAUAAUUAAUAUUCCCGAUCACAACCGACAGGACAACGGGCCCGUGGCUCAAUGGUAGAGCGUUCAACUCCAUGACCAAAGAUCCCGGGUUCGAAUCUCAAGUGAUCCACACUUGGGGUUGGGUAUGACUGGCUGAUGACGGCUAAUAAGCCAGAAAUGGCCAUUCCGGUCUCCCUUGUCUUUGUCGGUAUCACCUUCUCAACAUAUAUAUAUAUAUAUAUAUGUUUGUUUGUGGGGAGUGUAGGGGUUUCCAGCGAUAGGCUUAAGGAUGGUCGUAGUAGGUCACUCAAUUGCUUGCAGGUGCAGACUACGCCUAGCGUCCAUUUGCUGACACCCAACUCUCACAUGUGGCUCCCCGAAGUUGGGCUCUGCGCGGCGGCCACGCCCCGGUAACCGCCUCGACCGGCGGGCUAAACCAGGUGAGGGUAUCCGUGCGUGCGCCUGACCGCACGGUACAGUGGACCUCGCUGACCGGAUAGAUCUUCGUGUCAGCAUCAUCGAGACGACGCUCCGUCUGGACAAUCGCAGGCGGCCAUGUGGCAAAUGAACCCAGGUCCCAGAUUAAUUCGGGUCGUUCUCUCACUACACCAAAGCCGUGGCCCAUAGUGGAGUUCAGCAGCCGUCUGGGAUGACCAGGCAGCCCUAUUUAGGGAGGCACUGCUUGCCCGCAAGUGGAGAAGGAAGUAAAGGUGCCCUACAAAUUGCUGGUAGCCACGCUGCCUGUAGGCUGACCGUGGCUGCAGACAAAAACACACGUUCAAAACAAUCAAAACAGAAACAACGGCCAUCUCUCUCCUCCUCUUCCUGCCUAUUCUUCUUCUCCUCCUCCUCCUUCCCCUCCUCACCGCCGCCCCACUCUCCAGACCGACAGGGUGAGCCCCUUCAUUCUGGCAGCCUGGAAUGUUCGUCCUCUUUUAGGCAAUCCGAGGAGCAAUCGACUGGAAAGGAGGACGGCGCUAGUGACUCAGGAGCUCGCGCGCUACAAGGUGGACAUCGCCUUACUUAACGAGACCCGGUUGUCCGAACAAGGCCAACUGGAGGAGGUGUGUGUCAGCUACACCUUACUCUAGAACGGUCGCCCAAAGGCAGAGCGACGGGACAUGGGUGCCGCCUUCGCUAUCCGGAACGACAUCGUGGAACAACUGUCCUGUCUGUCGCAGGGCAUCAACGAUCGCCUGAUUAGCCUUCGCCUGCCUCUCCGGGAGGCAAAUUCGCCACCACCAUUAUCAUCACCUACGUUCCGCCGAUGACCAGCCCUGACGCCGCAAGGGACAAAUUCUACGAGGACAUGAAUGUCCUCCUGGCGACUGUGUCGAAGGCGGACAAAUUGAUUGUUCUUGGCGGCUUCAGCGGCCGCAUCGGCAUAGACCAUGCUGCCUGGAGAGGAGUGCUAGGUCCCCAUGGGCUCAACGGCUCCUUCUCCGCACCUGCACAGAACAUCGACUCAUCAUGAGGAACACCUUCUUUCGCCUCCCGAUGCGAAAGAAGGCCACGGGGAUGCACGCUCGGCCGUGUCAGUGACAUCUGCUGAACUAUGUCCUCGUCCGGAGGCGAUACCAGCGGGACGUGCUGGUGCCAAAGGCGAUUCCGGUUGCUGACGGGUUGACCGACCAUCGCCUCAUCAUCUCAAAGAUGAGGAUUCGCCUACAGCCUCGCAGGAGACCACAAAGUAAGUGAUCCCCAGGUCUGCUGAAUAUUGCUUUGUUGUCUUUGCCUGUUCACCAUGUCCAUUUCAGCAACGAGCUAGCCCAACGGCUAUACAACCUUCCAGUCGCUGCUGCCGCCGCCGCCGCCGCCGCUGACGAGAACGCCUCCGCGGAGAACCGGUGGUAUCAAAUGCGAGACACAGUCCAGUCGACGGCGCUAACUGUCCACGGUCGCGCAAGCCGCCAACACCAAGACUGGUUCGACGGCAACGACGCCGCCAUCAGCAACCUGCUCGGCGAGAAGAACCGCCUGCACAAAGCCUACCUCGACAGCCGCACCGACGACAACAGAGCUGCUUUCUACCGUAGUCGCUGUCUCGUUUAA